CUGCUUUCCCCGCGGCACAUCCAUCCUCCUUCACCGCCACUCCGCCAGGUCCGCCACCUCCUUCUCCUCUACUGUCUACAGUGAGAAAUCCCUUGUAAAACCCUAGGGUAUUAAUCCGCUCAAAUUCACUCGACUUCCAGUGUAUCUUCACCAGAAAACGAAUCACACCGCUUUCAAGAUGUGCAACGGGUUGGCUUCAUGCCACGUUUCAUUCUCUGCGAUGGAAACGAUCGAUAACCAAUGCCCUUUUCAUCCCAAUCCUUACGCCCCCCACCAAAAAGAAAAAAAAAGGGAAACUCCAACCUCCAAGCCGCCCCACUCAUGCCCACACGGCGAAGGAUUUGGUCUUUCAUCCAAAAAAAUAUUCUUUAGUUAGAUUGGCAUGGAGUUCCAUCUAGUCCAGAACCAGCAAGUGGAGGUUCAUCUAUGGCAUUUUACAUUUGUUAUAUUUAUUGAAGAGGGCGGUGCUUUUCAGACCCAAGGUGUUGACGUUUAAGUGACCCUUUUGUUUUCUUUCUCAAAAUUUUUAGCUGUUUUUAUGAUGUUUCCUAGACCCCCUUCGUUGAGUAAUGAGUUUUGUUGAAUUCAUGUUCUGAAUGCUGACAAUGCAUGAACAUCUGGCAAAUGUAUGUUUGUACGGAUUUGUUUAUGAAGUGCACUAGUUUGUAUUUUGGAAACCUCAUGUGGCGUUCCCCUGUUUCCCUUUUGCUGCAUUUGUUUAUUAAACCAAACCCCAUUUGUUGGAUUGCACGGAACUGUUUGGGUGUCAUCUGGGGAAGAAAUGUCCUUUUCUUGGUGUUGUGAUAUGAGUUUAUUGAGGAAAUGCACACCUGAGGGAGGCUUAUGUGAGUACAAGAUCAUGUUAAUUUUUCUGUAGUAAUUUGAGUUUCUCAACAUUUAGUAAUCAAUGCCUUUGAUCGUGCAUCGCUUAUGCACAUUGGUUGAUUUUGUGACCAGGUGAUUUUUGUACUGGCAUGAAUUCGGAAGGCCUGGAUUUUGAAACUUUUCCUAAUAUGUACGAGUGUUGAGUUUGAAAAUCUUUUGACCUAGUCAUGUCCACUUUUUUUGUGUUUUUACUCAAAUUGUAAAUCCCACUGUUAAAUACAGGUCAUUUGAUUCUAAAAGUAAAAAUUUAGAUCAUGUUAAUUUAAAUACAGGUCAUUCUGUCAAUGUUGCAUGAAGCAGUGCACUUUUAUUUUAAUGAAAUGCCAGAUAUUUUUCUAUUUGGGUAUGAGUCAUGAAUUUCUAUUCAGUGCCCGGUUCGAAUUCCAAACCAGUCUGGGUUUCUGCAUCAAGUCGGUUAAGGAGCUUAUGUUGUGAGAGCUAAAGUUUCCGGUGAUAUCACAAGUUUGCCCAAGUCUGCUGCAUUGCGAACUCUCGUCUCCUACAUUAGAACAUUUGGCGGUUUUCAUUGCCUUUCAAAAUAUCAUGGCUGAAGAUGCUGAUGUAUCAACUCAUGAGAGCAAGUGGAAGAUGCCACUCUUUGUGUUCUUCAAAGAUGCAAGGCUUGUUUUCAAGAAGGAUGCCCUUGGUUUGGAGGUACUACGGAUUGCUUUACCUGCAGCCAUGGCUUUAGCUGCUGAUCCCAUUGCUUCUCUAAUUGAUACUGUAUUCAUUGGACAUUUAGGUCCAGUGGAGCUCGCUGCUGUAGGGGUUUCUAUUGCAAUUUUUAAUCAAGCCUCACGAGUUACCGUAUUCCCACUUGUCAGUAUUACCACUUCUUUUGUUGCCGAGGAAGAGACUCUUGGAAGAUUGAGUACCGAAGCACCAAAAGGUCAGAAAUUGGAAAAAGAUGCAGCUGAUAAUGGUGAGAUGAAGGAGUUGAUGCCUGAGGAUGAUAAGCUUGAUAACUUGGAAAAAGGUCCAUCUGAAAAUGGUGAAAUGAAAGAGUCUGUUCCAGAAGAUGAUUUCAAGAUGACUACAUGCAAGUCUCCAUCUGUUUCCAGUAGCAUUUCAAAUAAUGCCAAACUCAAAAAUGAGAAGCGUCAUAUUGCAUCAGCAUCCACGGCACUGAUUAUUGGUGGGGUGCUUGGCCUCUUCCAGACUAUCUUCCUUAUAUUUACAGCAAAACCUGUCUUGGGUUUCAUGGGUGUGAAAUCGGGCUCUCCUAUGCUAGCCCCAGCCCAAAAGUAUUUGAUAUUAAGGUCUCUUGGUGCUCCUGCGGUUCUUCUCUCUUUGGCCAUGCAAGGCAUCUUUCGAGGGUUUAAGGAUACAAAAACUCCUCUAUAUGCCACUGUUGCUGGAGAUGUCACAAAUGUCAUUUUGGACCCAAUAUUCAUCUUUUAUUGCCGUUUGGGCGUCGGUGGUGCAGCCAUUGCACAUGUUAUUUCUCAGUACUUAAUUUCGCUGAUUCUCUUGUUGAGAUUGAUGAAGAAAGUUGAUCUCUUGCCUCCAAGUCUUAAAGAAUUGCAAUUUAGUCGGUUUCUCAAAAAUGGUUUUCUAUUAUUAGCUCGGGUAAUAGCUGUGACAUUUUGUGUAACUUUGGCGGCAUCAAUGGCUGCACAUCUGGGAUCUACUCCGAUGGCUGCAUUCCAGAUUUGCUUACAAGUGUGGUUGACAUCGUCUCUUCUUGCUGAUGGUUUGGCUGUUGCUGGGCAGGCUAUCAUUGCUUGUGCAUUUGCUGAGAAGGACUACGAGAAGGCAAGAACAGCUGCCGCCCGAGUUUUGCAGAUGGGUUUUGUUUUGGGCUUGGCGCUCGCAGUCGUCGUAGGAGCUGGUCUGCAGUUCGGCUCUGGAAUCUUCUCAAAGGACAAAAAUGUUCUGCACCUCAUAAGCAUAGGCAUCCCGUUUGUUGCAGCUACACAACCCAUCAAUUCGCUAGCUUUCGUUUUUGAUGGGGUGAACUUCGGUGCAUCCGAUUUCGCAUAUACUGCAUACUCAAUGAUUCUAGUUGCCAUAGUAAGCAUUGCUUCCUUGUUCCUUCUGUCCAAAACCAAUGGCUUCAUUGGAAUCUGGAUUGCCUUGACUAUUUACAUGGGUCUACGCACAUUUGCUGGUGUUUGGAGGAUGGGAACUGGGACAGGACCUUGGCGCUUUCUGAGGGGGAGAUUGCUGCCAUAAGAUUCAUUUGGUUUAACCUCGCGAGACUUAAAUAUAAUAUAGUGACCUUACAUGUUUCCUGUCACUUCAAUUUUGUUGUAUUUGUUGAGAUAUACGUCUCUUUUGGCUGGUCUUUUUGUGCCCUUGCGUGUAUCAUGGCUGGACCUACUUCCUUGAGAAAGUUUAUAUUAAAUCGUGGCAGCUCGACCUCUGUUAAAAA